UUUCCCAAAUUCCAAGGAAAUACUGCAAAGAUGUUCAAGCAACUCAGUAUCAUGAAACUACUAUUGCUCUUUCUCCUUUCUGUCGAACUAGUUAAAUCUGAUGAAACUGCAGACUAUGACGACGAUGAGGAAACUGGUGCACUGCCGACUGAAAGUAAAAAUCGGACCGUGGAUGCACGAGGUCACAGACCGCUGAACAAGCAACGGGAACCACUUCCAACUCUCAGACCAGCUCCUCUUCCUCCCGUUGGUGGUGUAAGGUAUCGAGCUCGUCCAACCAGAAAACCUGUUACUGGCCCAAGGCCAGGGCCCAUUGUUUACCCCGAUAGUGGAGGUUGCAAGCACUUGGCAGAGGAACUGGGUGUACUAUGUCCAACUGGUUGUGAGUUGAGAACUGAACUGCUGAAGCAAGAAAGCACAGUGAAGCCGACUGUGAAGGAUCUAAUGGACAGAGCACAGCACCUGCAACAGUCCUCUACAACCAUCAAUAAUUAUGCCCAUUUAUUGGAUGAACGUUUAACCCAAAAACAGAAACAAUAUACAGAUAAUCAGAAUUUAAUUUCCCAAUAUAACAGACAACUUGAGGAACACUACACUUACAUCAAAGAGAAAUUAGACAACAAUAUUCCAGCUAAUUUACGAUUACUUCGUUCAAUUGUGGAUACUUUGAACAAAAAAUUACAAAAACUAGAAAAUGCUAUUACAUCACAGUUGUCUGACUGCGAAACCUCUUGUACAGUUUCUUGCAAUAUCCCGGUAGUGUCUGGCAAAGAGUGUGAAGACAUAUAUAGAAAAGGAGGUGAAUCAUCUGAGAUGUACCUUGUUCAGCCUGAUCCUUUCUUUAAACCAUUCAGAGUGUAUUGUGAUAUGACCACAGAAGAUGGAGGUUGGCUCCUUAUUCAAAAUCGCAAAGAUGGGAGUGUUGGCUUUGGAAGAAAAUGGGAUGCAUAUAAAAAGGGAUUUGGAAAUAUUGCUUUCAGUGGUGGAAAAAACUACUGUGACACCCCAGGUGAAUAUUGGCUUGGAAAUGACAGAAUUAACCAGAUUACCAAAUUGGGGCCUACUGAACUUUUAAUUGAACUGGAAGAUUGGGAUGGUGCUAAAGUUAAAGCCCAUUAUGGAGGCUUCAGUAUUCAGAAUGAAAAUAACAAAUACCAGCUCUCUGUUAGUAACUACAGAGGCACAGCUGGAAAUGCACUUUUAGAAGGAGCUUCACAAUUAUUUGGCGAAAACAGAACCAUGACAAUCCAUAAUGGCAUGUUCUUCAGUACUUUUGACAGAGACAAUGAUGGAUGGAUACACCCAGAUCCCAAAAAGCAAUGCUCUAAAGAAGAUGGUGGUGGCUGGUGGUACAAUCGUUGUCAUUCAGCCAAUCUAAAUGGCAGAUACUACUGGGGUGGACAUUACACCUCAGAAAUGGCAAAACAUGGAACAGAUGAUGGAGUUGCAUGGAUGAAUUGGAAAGGUUCCUGGUAUUCACUGAAAGAAGUGAGCCUGAAGCUGAGACCAAUUUCCCAGUCCCAUUAACAGUGAUUAUUUAAAUAAAUUGCAAGUUUCCAUGUUCACAUCUGUUUCAUGAUACUCAACUUUUACUUUGCAUAAAAACAAUGAAGAACAAUAAACCAAUUCUUCCAUGAUGAUUUGAUUAAAUGCAUUUUCAUGUUUGUCUCACAUUUUGUUGAAAAUGCUUAAUAAAAUAAAUCAAGUGCUAUGGACAGGA